AAAAACCUUUGUCACUCUGAUUCCUCUGCUAGGGCCUCGUAUGGGUCGUAUGGCCAAGAGAGUAGUUUCACGGGCCGAAGAGAUAGUAUACAUGUUCGUGCACCAUCACCACGACAUAUAAAUCGACUCAUCCUUCUCGCUAUCUUCUUAAUCCUUCAUUCAGAACAAACCAAUCACUAAUCAAAGACCGCACUACAACACCACAUCUCUCAAACAACAAGACAAGACCAUCAAGAUGCACUUCUCCGCCCUCCUCGCCGCCGGCGCCGCAACCCUCGCAGCCGCAGCUCCAGCAGCCCAGCAAGGCACCACAACCUCCACCGAAGGCGGCCCAGGUGCCUUCGAAGUCUCCCGCUUCCACUACGUAUGCGCCAUCGGCGAGCCACAAUACUGCCGCUGGUCCUUCGACCUCGCCGUCUCCGGCUCCGCACCAAACCACCCAGCGCUCCCAGGCCCAUACUACUGCGAGGGUUCCUCCAACAACACCUUCUUCACGCCAUGCAGCUCCGUCAGCGCGACUCAGGAAUUGCUCGCAUACAUCCCAGAUGACAAUGUCUUGCAAUUGCAGUACACUGCGCUCAACUACAACAAUGGUGUUACGUAUGCGUACUUUGGAGAGUACCAGACUCAGCCCAACAACCCUUACCAGGCUACCAACUUUACGGUUGCUGAGUCCGCUGUUAAGGAGUACUAGGUCAUUGAUGGGACCUUGGGAUGUGGAGACGGAGGGAUAUAUUUAAUGCAGGAGAUUGAUCGAAAGGACAAUGUCUGUGGAUAAGAAGGAUAACAGAAGAAAGAGACAGAGACAAAAGCGCCCUGCAGAACUGCAUAUGUAUGUACGAUUAUGUGGUUAAUGUUGGAUAAUCUGUAACAUGUAAAUAUGACUUUACCUGCAUUGCGAAGCGAAGGAACGAAUUGAAGAUUUCCUCGAGGACAGCAACCG